UCAGCGCUGAGGGCGGAAACAUCCGAAGACGUUUAGAUGCUACAUCGUGUUUGUGCUCCGUGUUUAUUGUUUCAGCCCUAAUAUUUGUCUUCAAGUAUGUAAAAGGGGACCAAGCAGAAAUGUCACAGCAGUCCCUGUGAUAUACGACAGAUAUCUGGAAAUACAAGAUAUUUUAACCUAUAUUGAACUCCAGCUUACAGUUCCUACCAUCAAACCAGCCAUGUCGUGCCGGGACAUCCACGCCACCAACGCCUUUGCCUUCAUCAUUGCCUUUGUGUCUGUGGGUGGGAUUGCUGUGGCGGCGUUAAUUCCACAGUGGCGUAUCACGAGACUCGUCACCUUCAAUCGCAACGCCAAGAAUGUCAGCGUGUAUGACGGGCUGUGGGCUAAAUGUGUGAAACAGGAUGGAUAUUCUGGAUGUUAUUAUUAUGACUCAGAGUGGUACUCAAAAGUGGACCAACUAGAUCUGCGGCUCCUGCAGUUCUGUCUUCCAGCAGGCCUCAUAUUGGGCUCUCUAGCCUUGCUUCUAUCCAUGUCUGGGAUGUGUAAAACCUGCUGCUGCUCAGACAAGCCUGAGCCAGACAUUAAGACCACCAGGUGCCUAGUAAACAGUGCAGGCUGCCAUCUGGUGGCCGGGAUGUUCUUGUUCCUUGGUGGAGCAGUCGCCAUCGCACCUUCAGUGUGGUUCCUGUUCCACACCAAGCAGAUGAACAGUAAAUAUGCCAACAUCUUCUCUGACGGGUUCGCUGUGUAUGUAUCUAUAGGCUGCUCUGGAGGACUGAUGUUAGCUGCGCUACUUACAUUCAUGUGGUAUUGCAUGUGUAAGAAACUGCCCUCACCCUUCUGGUUGCCCCUGCCCUCCAUGUCUUCAUCUCCUUCCACCCAGCCUCUUACUGCCAACGGAUUCGCUUCUUCCCAGGUUUAUGGUCCGCAGCCAUUCCCACCACAGGCUCUUCCCCCCACAGUCAUCGACACACAGCCUUUUGUGUCUUCGCACGGCUAUAUACAUAAUAUGAUGGCCCCCGCUCCUGCUCAGGUGUACAUGUCCCAACGUUCAGCUGGAGAUGGGUACGGAUCAGAGGUUGGAGGCACCCAGGCCUACAGCUACGCCCCGUUGCAGAGUUAUGCACCAUCACAGGGAUAUGCAUCCAGCUACGCAGGCCACCGUUACUCCACCCGCUCACGGAUGUCAGCCAUAGAGAUUGACAUUCCUGUUCUAACCCAGCCAGAGUGAGCAGGAACGCUGAUAACCAGAACACACUCAAGUCCUCAGCCCAUUAAGCACCAUAAAGUAGAGUACUGAUAAAAUUAAUAGGCCCUGAUAGAUGAGAGUUAAUAAUGUGAGCUAUUUAUAGCCUCAUAGACAGUUUAAAAACUAUCGAGUUAGGUCAGGCUUGUAGUCCUGAUAAGAGAUUAGACCCAGCCCAAACACUACUCUAUGAAGGAUUAUAUACUUAUUUUAAAGUGAAGAUUCCUAAAGUACUGUAUUCAGCACUGUAUGGAAACAGAAGAAAUUAAAUAUUUCCCACCAGGACUGAAAGCUAAUUCCUUACGGAUUCGUCAGCUACAUGUUCCACUAGUUUUCCAGCUGGGUUGGAUCACUCAGUAAUAAUUUCUUACGUGAUGAAAAGGAACCAGUCAUCCGAAUUCACCCUGUGGACUUACAAGUUAAAUAUUUUUUUGUCACUGUUACAUUCCCUUCAAUGGAGGUCUCUGUUAUCACUACUAAACAUUAAAGCUGACUAGCAUCGACUUUACCUUGUUUUCUGUUAGACUGAUCUGUUUGUAUUUUUUGGGUUAUUUUUCUAACAAGUUAAUGUCACUGUCACUGUGAAGCACAGCUGUUAAUAAUGCACUAAUAACAUGAAUACUGUGCCUGUUUACUGGUCUUAGCUUAGAGUUGUGUGUUUUUAAUGUGAGGCCUUUUAUAUCAAAAUCGUGGCUCAAAGUAAAUAUUAAUCUGUGCUAAAUCUGCCUUUCCAAAUGCAAAUAUGAUAAGAUGCUGUGGAACUGAACAUUUGUGUGUCAAAUAGAAAUGUCUAAUGAGCGGACCAAAUUUAACUUUGUUGCCUUGUUUGCUUUUCAUACUAAGCGCUGACCAACAUUUGUAAUUAUUUGAAUCAUAUUCUGUGUCAAAUUCAGGUCCAUAAUGCAGUUGUCAUGUUUUCUCUACACUGUCAACGUUUUGUUUUGAAUAAAUUACAAAACACA